UGUCCUGGCCCAGCACAAGCGGACUCAGUGUGCGUAUAGCGUGUCGGCGUGUUGUGUGGCUAUCAAACAGCGGAGAUGGAAGUUUAUUUCAAAUUUAACAUUAAGUUGUAAAACUAUGGAUUAUUCUCCUUUCGUGAGGCUUCAAGGAGGCUGUGAAGAUUGAAGUAUGGAAAAAUCACAUGGGUCCAAUUUUGAAGAUGACUCUUCAGACAUCAAAUGGGAGAAGGGAUCAACCACUGGAGGGGAUUUGCCCUCAUGUGGUACUGCUACAGGCCCCACAUCCACAAUGACCACCUCUGUGGGAGGCAGAAUAGAGGAGAAAAUGGAAGUAGAUGACCCUCUUCUUUUACCUUCCUUGGCUUCACUUCCCUCUAGUUCCUCCAUAACAAUCACCAAAGCUUCUGUAGCUCACCAACGACUUUCUCAAUCCCUUUCAUCCUCUUCCUCCUCUUGCACCACAACCACACAUGCUCCCAGUUCACAGUCCAGUAGUGUAUCCAGAAGUUCAUCAUCCACCUCAUCCAGUGACUCCAUCUUAUCAUCAAAUAGAGGAACUGUGGGUCUUGACAUGAUGCCUACGAUUCCGCUUGUGCCAGUCCAGGUUCCCUGUGGCCGUAGUAGCAUUGUAACUCUCCCUAAAAUCCGUGGCCGUCCUAAGGGAGUGCCUCUCAGUCCAUCAAGAGCUGGCACCUUUCAAAUAAGAAGAGGAAUGAAGAUCAAGAGGAUUGGCUUCCGUGGGAGAGGAGGACGACGACUAAGCCAUAGUAUGUCUUUAGAAGAGAGAGGUGGAAUCGUCGGGGAAGACUCUCCUCACCCCUUGGAUGAUGAUGCGUAUGUUCAGGAUGACAUGUUCAUGGCUCCCACUUAUCAAGAUAGAUGGCCAGGAAGAGUUUGCAGUUUGUGCUGUCUUGGAGAGCAAAGUCAGCUUGGCCAGGGUGACUUGGUGAGGCAUGACCCUACACCAUCCUAUACACUGCCUGAGAAAAUUACAUCACCAUCAGAAAGUAGCCCACAAGAAUCUCUUCUGUCAAAAAAGCUUAAGGCUACUCAGGCCACACUGAAAGACAAAGGAAAAUCGCCAAGGAAACAAGUAGGGGAAAUUUUACCUGAACCUGUAGAUGAAAUCUCACUUGUCGGGCACACUGACCUGCCUAGCAUAUCAAUGCUCUUUGAACCAUCAGGUCACUGUUAUGUACAUUAUAUGUGUGCACUGUGGUCAUCAAAUGUUGAGCUCACAAAUGAUGACACAAUUACUCAUGUGGAUCGAGCUGUCGUUGCUGGGGCAAGUCAAAGAUGUGCCCAGUGUAAGAAGUUUGGUGCCACUCUGCUAUGUAAGGCACUGGGAUGCCAGCAGUUUUUUCACUUUCCAUGUGCAAUGAGUAGUGGAUCCUUGAUGGACUUGAAAAGUGUGGCUCUGGUUUGUCCUUCUCACAUUGACAAGAGCAGAGAUAUAGCAGUAGAUGUGGCUUGUGUGGUGUGUGAAAACCUGUCUCCAGAGAGCUCCCUUAUCUUCUGUUGCUCCUGUGGAAAUCAUUAUCAUGGACUAUGCCUUAAGCCUGUAAUUAGUGCCAGUCCUGUGACAAGGGCAGGGUGGCAGUGCCCUGACUGCAAAACAUGUCAGAUGUGCCGGCAACCAAGCGAGGAGAUGGUAUGUGGAGUGUGUGACAAGGCCUACCAUGUGGUGUGUGCUCGACCGUUUGGCCUCUCCCUCUGCAAAACUGGUUGGAAAUGCAAGACCUGUAGAGUAUGUGGUGACUGUGGCUCUCGAACUCCUGGCAAUGGCCUCUCUUCACGUUGGCAUUCUAACUUCACUGUGUGUGACUCAUGUUAUCAGCUUCGCAAUAAAGGAUUUGCAUGUCCAAUUUGCCAUAAGGCAUAUCGAGCUAUAGCUCAGAAAAAUAUGGCCAUGUGCACCAAGUGUCAGAGAUAUGUUCAUAAUGUAUGUGAUCCUGAUGCAGACCUCAGCAUUAUCCAGACCAAAUGGAAUGCAGAUCAUUCAUAUGAAUAUGUUUGCACCAGUUGUAGCAGAGUAAUUCCAUCUCCAAGUCAGUCACCACGUACAACUUUAGACGACAGUUAUGAUGGUCCCCAAGAUUCAUCUGUCCACUCAGAUGAUUCAAAUGAUACUGACUUCACAUCAGAUGGCAAAUCUGAAGAUACAUCUGUAAAGUCCCACAAUAGCUUCUUUUCAAGAGGAAAGCCUCUUAGCCUGGCCAAAAGGGGCUUUCCAUCAAAGCUACGUGGAGGUGUUGGGGAAAAAUACAGCGUUGGGAAGAAAACUUUCUCUGGCUCAAAGAAACGAGGACAGACAAUGCCAGUUCGCAGAGGUCGUGGAAAUGGUCGAGGCUACAGAGGCUAUUUCAACUAUCAGAAUGUUACUCUUCAGGCAAUGGAGACCAACCAAAGUUCAGGAAAAGAAGAGGGUGAGGAGAAUAAGCUGAUUCUUGUAUCUGCCAAGGAUGAGUUUUGUCUCCAGCAAGAUGUUUGUGCCAUGUGUGGGGCUUUUGGUCAAGACCAAGAAGGUCGUCUCAUUGCUUGUGCACAAUGUGGCCAGUGUUAUCAUCCCUUCUGUGCUAAUGUUAAGGUGACCAAAGUGGUGCUUCAGAAAGGUUGGCGCUGCUUGGACUGCACUGUAUGUGAAGGGUGUGGAGAACGGAAUGAUGAAGCCAGACUUGUUUUGUGUGAGGACUGUGACAUAUCAUACCACAUAUACUGCAUGAACCCUCCUUUAGACCAUGUUCCAUCUGGGGUAUGGAGAUGCAAAUGGUGUGCUAUGUGUGUUCAUUGUGGGGCAACAGAUCCUGGAAUAAACUCUACUUGGCAGCAGAAUUACAGCAUGUGUGGUCCAUGUAUGUCAAUGAUGCAGUGUCCUGUCUGUGAUGAGCCAUACUCUGAUGGGGAACUUAUUCUCCAGUGCUCAAAUUGUGAACGUUGGUUACAUGCCUCUGAUGACAUGAUCCAUACUGAAGAGGAAGCUGAAAGGUGUGUUGCCAAAGGUUAUUUAUGUCUGAUAUGCCGGCCCCAAGAUGUCCAACCUCCCCACCUGCUCCCUCUGACGCCACCUGUCCGUACAACCCGCAUUGUUACUACCACAGCUGUCACUACUUCUACAUCAGCAAGCCCUGUACGGUCUCAGAGCCCUACCGACAUAAUGACAAAGGUUACUUCAAAAACUUCGUUUUGGGUGGAUGGCAUUUGUCUCUCUGAGUGUGGAAUGUUCCAGAUCAAGACCAUGACUCUUGAACCACAAAAGAAGUCCAGCAUCAUCACACACAACAGGAAUCCCAAAACAGUGCGAACCAGUCGUGGUCCAUCAAUUGAUAGCACUGGAAGUCGUGACAUUGAUGAUGAUGAUGAUGAUGAUGAUGAAAAUAAGUUAGAUAAUGAAGAGCCAAGGCAUUGGGUUUAUGGAAUGAAAGAAGGAACUAUUCUUCAAGCCAAGGAGGAUGGUACACCACCUGAUCUGCCUGAUGGAUUUUACACCUUACCUGGCCUAGAGCCAGGAACAUUUACUCUUCGGAAACGCAGAUACCGGAACAUCAAAACUUUGGGUAUUGGAGGUUUCCAAGUUCGAGCUAGGGGUAAAAAAGAUGAAGAAAAAGCCCGAGAGGAAGCUCUUCUGGAUCCACAAGUUUUAGAGCUAAGAAGGAAAAGGAGUAAUUGGAGAACUAAGAAGAAAAUCAAGCUCCUGGAGAAAUUCCCAUCUUAUAUUCAGGAGGCUUUCUUUGGUAGAAAUCUGAUGGAUACAAGUAAUCUAGAGGAAGAAAUGAAGCAGAUCGUUGGCCUGGAUGAAGAACUAGAUGAGGAUGUACUAGAGAUGCAGAAAGCAAAAUCUGCCAUUACACUAUCAAAGGAUGAACUCCAGUUGAUUCAGGCUGCACAAAACAAGCAGCAGCAUGGCCAUGACAAAUUGCUUGACACUGCGAGCCUUCAGGACACGAAAUGCUUAGGACCUCACCAAAUAAAGUCCGAGGAUGCAGGAGAUUCCAAGAAGCGGGAAAGGAAGGACACUGAUGAUAAAAAAGAAAAAGAUCAUAAGGAAGAAGAAAUGGCAGAAGAAGAUGAAAACAAUGAAGCUAUUGAUGCCAUUUUUGCUCAGGGUGGAGACAUCACUGACAUAUUUAUGCAUGACAUAAUAAGUGGUUCAAUGAAAGAUGAUGAUGCUAAUUUAACAGGAGAUGAAGACAUUUCACAAGACACUAUUGACAUUCCAAGUGGUAGUGGCAAUGGAACCAAAUUAACAGAUAUUCUUGGCCCAGGCUUUAAUUUAGACGAUGUUGCUGAUAUUAUGAAAAAUUUACCUGAGGAUGGAGCUGAAGAUAGUCAAGACUCAACGCUCUCAACAACUAUACCUCCAGCAUCUACUAUAGGCACAGUUGAGGGUGAAGGAUCUGCCUGUGCAGAUAGUGAAACAAGUGUCAGUAGUACUCCAACUGAGUCUCCUGCCACUCAGACUUCAAGUAACCUCUCUGUAAGUAAAGAAUCUACUGUAGCUCCAACAUCAUCAGGGCCUAUUACACUCCCAGCAGCUUCAACUCUACGUCCCAAUCAACCACCGGUUGCUCCUCUGGGCUCUUUGCCAUCAUCAGGCUCUGCACCAGCAGCCCCAGCAGUGCAGACAAUACCAGGAAUCUCACCAAUGCCACUUAGUACAGCAAUACCUUUGAGUAAUGCUGUUCAAGGGUCAAGCCCUAUUACAGCCAUAAAGAGUCCAGCAACAAUGCCAAGUUCAGUUGGUCAUACAAGUCCUGCAACUCAUCAGAGCCCAUCUUCCCUUCCCUGCUCACUUCCAAGCCCAGCUACAGCAGUUCCUACCACAACACAAUCACUGUCAAGCCCCCUCUCCCGGCCAGAUUCACAGGCUUCUUCUCAUGGAUUUUGCUCUACUCCAACACCUUUCUCUUCAGCAAGCAAGCCCUCAACUCCAACUAUACCUGAAACACAGAAAUUGUGGUCCAGUAAUGAUUCACAGUCACAAAGCCUUAGUUUAGAGGAAGAUGAGUCCCUUGGUGACAAAGCUACCAAAGCUGCAGUACUCUAUGUAAAUGUUCACAAGCCUAAUCUGAAAACAGAUUUUCCUGCUGUGGCAGACAGAGAGAGGCAGAUCCGGCGAAUUUGGAAGAACCUCAAGGACACUGAGCAGAAGAAGAUGCUGAUUCAAAGGGCUCGAGAAAACAAGAAAGAAUAUUACAAAAAUAAACAGGAACAACAGAGGGCUUUAAAGAACAGUGAGAGUUUGGAAAGUUCUGAAACUCCUGGGAUAACAACCACUCCAAGCAGUGUGAAUGAAGGAGGGAACACGGACCCAAGCCCAGUCACCACUCCUCAUGCUUCUCCUUGCCCUCCUCUGCCAUCGCUAACCCCUCCACGUCCAAUGGUGAUAACUCAACGGCCUCCAGUACCUACAGGAACACCAGCAAGACAAGUUGUGCCUCAUGGCAUAAUCAGAGGGCCUCACAAUCCUAUACAACUAGGAGCAGGUGACACAUAUGCAAUGUCUUCAGGGGCAUCUCUCCCUGGCAAGUCCGCAGAUUCAUUCAGUCACUCAUCAACUCCUACUCCACAGACAUCACCACUGCAAUCCCCUAACAGUGAUAUAUAUUCACGUAUUCCCCCUUCACCUCGGCCUCACUCUUCAGACAUCUACAGUGUACCACCUGGUACUCCAAAGCCUGUUGCAACUGACCCAUAUACAAUGCCUCCACCAACUCCUCGUUCACUUGAUCCAUACAGUGCUCAGCCCCCAACACCAAGACCUAUCACUUCUGAAUCGUUUACAUGCAGCACACCAUCAGAAUCCUUUUCUCAACCUCCUGCAUCUCCAUAUGCACAGGCACCACCCACUCCACGUCCUCAUGAUGAUAUCUACUCACAACCUCCAACAGCAUCCCCUUCAGGAGGUGUCCCAGGAGACCCAGCAAGGCAGCAGCAUCUCAGAGAAUUACUCCAAAGGCCUUCGUGGAGUGAAGGAGUUGGAGCUCAUCCAUCAGUUAUCACGCCACCUAUGACAUCUCCUACUGGUCUUCCUGGGGAGUUUCGGCCACCUCUUCCUCCAACAGCACAAGUACAAAAUGUGCGCAUGAGACCUAAUAUGGCUCCAGGUCCACAAGCCAUAAUGGCUCCUCAAGGAGGGCAAAUAGACCACAGGUUUAGGAUGAUAUUUCAACGUAGUUUGCAGCAACCUUCACGACAGGGUGUUGUCAAUGGCCGAAGCUCUGUGGAAGCCUUCAAUCAUAUGCCACAGCAAAGACCUCCUCAGCAGUACUUGAGUGCAUCUGGACCUGGAGUUCGUCCUGGAGUAACAAGUGUGGUAAGAGGUCCUGCUACAACUGUUAUUGUUAGUCAAGGUUUGGGGUCUCCCCAUUUACCUCCAGGUACUGCUGUGAGAGUGCCAGUUGUGUCACCUACACAUCUUCCUCAGCAACCAGCACAUCAACUUGUGCCUACACCUCAUCCAUCAAGUGCAAAUCCACAACCACACCAUCCACCUCUUCCACAGUCACCUAGUCUUCAGCAGUCUCACCCACAGCCAACUCAUUCCCAACAAUCACACUUAUCACAAGAUGAUUCACAGUUGUCUCAUCCACAGUUACCUCAGACUCAGCAGUCACAUCCUCAGCAGUCACCUCAUUCUCAGACACCUCAUGCACAAGCAUCCCAUCCUCAACCACCUCAUUCUGAACCACCUCAUUCUCAGGCACCACACUCUCAGCCACCUCCCCCAACAUUAGCCCACCAACAAGAAGCUCAACAGCAGCAGCAACAACAGUCAGAAUCAGAACUUCCUGAGGCAGUAACUCGAGAACUAGAACAGUUAGAAGAGGAACAACAGCAGCAUCAUCACCGCCAGCAUCCACCUUCACAGCCACCAUCUCAGCCACUUGCUGCCACUCAACCUUCAACUCAAGGAGAUGAUCUAGAGGAUCUUGCCCCUGGUGACCUUACCACCAUGGAAGAUGAUGACUUGCUUGGAAUGGGCGGGGACUUCAAUGCACUUUUGGAGUUUGCUGAUGGCGAAGAUGGAGAGGAGGAUAAUGAAAAACUGCCUUCCAACCUUUUUGAUGACCUUGAUGCUGAUGAAGAGGAAAGACGAAAGAAAGAAAAAGGUAGGGAAAUAGUGUCAGGCGUACGAGGUCCUCCUAGAGGCAAAGUUGGAGUACCAAGUAUAAGCUCCUCUGGCCCCCUGUCACACACACAGUCCACUGUAGCACCUAGCCAAGGGCCUCAGCACCACACCACUGGUAGUGUCACUGUAGGUUGUGAUGCACAGGCCCAGGACCCUCGUCAAGAAACAGUUUUGACAUCUGUACAACAUAGACCAGGACUUCCUCAUGGCCCUGCAUUAGGCCCAGUGCGGUUAUCCAUGAGCACCUCCCCACAACAGCAGCCAAUGCAGCCUCAGAUGGCCCCUCAGAUUACUCAAGCUACUCCAAGAAUUGGAAGCACAGUGAAUAGAAUGCUGGGUCCAAGACCUGGAAUGCACCGUCACCCAGCUCCUCCUCCUCCACCUUACCCGGGACAUCCACCACCACCAUACCCUCGGUCCCAGGUGAUGGUGAGUGAGGGUUUGAUGGUGAGGGGAUCUAUGGCAGGCAGUGUGGGCUCCCCCAUGGGGGUUGGAGGGCCACCUCCACCACCCAUGAUGCGGCCUGGUCCACACCACCCAGCUAUGGUGGGUCCUGGACCCUCAGUGGUAAUGGGUGGGCCUCGCCUGUCACCACACUUGACCCAUGGUCCCCCAGGAGGCCACCCACAUCUGCCCACAGGGCCACCAGGUAUAGGUUCACUUGGCCCUAGUGGUCCUCAUGGUCCACCUGGUCCUCCUGGUCUUCAUGGUCCACCUGGUCACCAUGUUCCAUCUGGUCCACCUGGUCCACCUGGUUCCCAUGGUCCACCUGGUCCCCAUGGUCCAUCUGGUCUUCAUGGCCCACCUGGCCCUCAUGGUCCACCAGGUUCUCAUGGUCCAUCUGGUCCUCAUGGUCCACCUGGCCCCCAUGGCCCAAUGCUGCCGCCACAGCCACACAGGCGACCGCUACUACUGCAGAGUUCUGGUUCUGCCCGCCAUUGUCGACUCAGCAGCUCCAAGGAGCUCACACCGCACGUCCUCACCCUACCACUCUCACUCACUCACAACACUGAACAGCCUUUGCUAAUAGAAGAUCUAUUGGAACAAGAAAAACAAGAGCAAAUGAAGCAGCAGAAGGCCAGCCACCAGCAGGAGCCCAUUGGCCCGGUAGACCUCAACCUUAGUGACAUGGAUUAUGAAAAACUCAAGGCAGAUGUUCUUGCUGUUGGAAACCCUCAAGUAGGAUUACCAACUAUGCCAGGAGGACAAGUGUUGAGUAAUAAUGGUAGUGUGAGACAACCCUUUCAACGUGUGGUUGGGCCUCCUCUCACAGCAUCCAGCCACUCUCCCCACCAAGUAUCAGGACCAGCACAGCCCCUGACUCGUCCAGUACGACCACAAGGAGACCCUGGCAUGCACCCUGCUUUGUUACAAGCAGUUGGAUCACGUGGAACUGGUCCAUCAUCACCAGGAACGGUGAACAUUAAGACACUUCCUCCACCUCCACUCCCUUCUGAAAACCCUCAGACUGAUGCAGAAAGACAACAACAGAAUCAGUAUGAACACUGGUUAACACAACAACACAACCUCAUAAGCACACAGCAGAGGUAUUAUGAAGCUGAAAUAACCAAACUUCGAAAGCAGCGCAAAAAUUUAAAUAGCCGUCAGAGAACACUGAAGAAAAAUGGUCAGGGGUUAAAUGAGCAUGAUGCUGCCGAGCUUGCCCGUGUGCAGAGGGAAGCAUCAGCAAUUCAGCGACAUUUAGAACAGUGCCGCAAAUCAGCUAGGCAACAUGCCAUGAUUAUGCAGGAAUACAAUAACAAGAAAAGAAAUAGACCAGCUCAUAUUAUGAAUACUCAAGGUGGGGUGAUGAAUGCAUCUCAAGGCACUAUGAUGACCGGGACUUCACCGGUAGGUCCGGCAGGGUCAUCACCUAUGCAUUCCACUCCACAGAGUCCUCUCAUGUCUCCCUCACCCUCGUCACAACCAGGGAUGGGAUUAAGUCCAAUGGUACCCUCCCCUCACACACCAGUAGCAUCCCCUAAUCCCACAAUUGUGCCACAGCAUUCUCCUCAUGCCAUGGUUGUUCCAGGUCCUCAUCCAUCCCCUGGCGAAUCACCUUUCAGUCCUCAAACUCGCAUGCCAUCUCCAGGAGGGGGAUAUCCUGAGCAAGGUCCUCGAGCAGCCUACACAGGAGCCCCUCAGGGCAUGACACAUCACAUGAUGGCUCCUCAGAUGCGUGUUAGAAUGCCAGUCCACAGUCCUGGUACUCAGACGGUACCACCAAGCCAAAUGUCUCCACAUAUGAUAGGAGUAAGAUCACCAUACCCCCAGACAGGAGUAAUGAUGCCUCAAGGUCAAGGGGCACCUAUGUUGAUGAGGCAUCAAUACCCCCAGGCUGUUAUGCCAAUAAGGAGGCCAUCUGGAUCAGGCCCAGUUCCUAGUCCAGGAUCUUCUGGGCCAGUACCAAGCCCAAGUGGGCCAGUUCAAAGUCCUGUUAGUGGUGGAAUAGCAAUGAAACCAAGUCCUGUUCAUAGUGGCCUGAAAAGCCCUGUUCCCAUAGCCAGUCCAAGUCCUGGUGGACCAGUUGCAAGUCCAAUAUCUGGAACUAUAGCAAUGAAACAAAGUCCUGUCCAUAGUGGUUUAAGGAGUCCUGUACCACUUUCCAGCCCUCAGAUGCGACCUCUUAGUGCUGAAAACCCAAGUACACCAUUAACUCCUCGAAGUAUUAGUGCUGGAGAAAUAGUUGGUACACCACAGACUCCCCACAGUGACUUUGGGGGGCCUGGUAGUAACAGUAGCCAAGUUAACAGUCCUCAUCCAUCAGUACCCACACCAACUAAUGAUACAGUACCCUCACCUGUUUCUUCAUCAGCAUCAUUAGCACCUGCUUCUGUACAGAGAUCUGGUGGAGGAGGAGGUAAUUCUAAUAAUCCUAAUAAUCCUGCUCCUCUCCCACCUUACAUAAGUAAAUUUGGAUAUUUCAAGUUUGGUCUGAAGGGUGGUGCUCUUCUAAGGAGUCGUUGGGGGCACUUUAAGCUGGGUUUAAAGGGUGGAGCUCCUGUUGGAGACUUGGAAAACAAAAACCCCACUUCCUCUCCUGAAGCAGCAACAUCGGCCCCAGCUAAUACAACAGCCAUUAUUAGUACAUCACCUUCUACAUUCGUUACAUGUGCUCCAACAUAUAUAAAAAGUGAAAUUGAGGGAGAUGAUGGACAGGAAGGUUUAGCCCACGUCCUAAGUGAGAGUGUCAAAGGACCUGUUGUAAGAAUGAUGGCAGGAACGACACGAAUGGGCCAGGUAGCUUACUCCUCACCAAGUAUAGCCACCACCUCAAUGCCACCACAUCUUUCUGCCAGUGCCAACAAGUUAGUUGUUCCUGAACCUGCUAAAUCUGAGAUUCCUCCAUCUAGUAGACAUCAGGCAGUAAUUGGAAUUCCUGGUGGAGGAGCUAUUCCAUCUCAGAAUAACAUGUAUCCUAGUCACACUGUAGCUGUUGCUCCAGGAAUCCGAAUACCUUCAAUAAAUGCCUCAGCCAACUAUCCAUCAUCAAGCACUGGGGCAGGAAAUGCAUUAACCACAAGCACAAAUGUACUAUCUUUGCCUAUUGGUACUUCUGGAGGUAGCUUGGUACCUCCCUCCAUAAUGUCUGUAACCUCCAGUGCCACACCAGUAAGUUCAACUUACAGCUCCAAUGUAAUGCCAGUCGGCCUACCACCAGAUGAUGUUUCAACACAUAGUUCUAUUGUAAGCAUCAGUGACCAAGUGAGUGGCAUAACAAGUGGAUUAGUUAAUUAUGCAAGUACUUCUAGCCUGCCACUAAGUUCAGUCUCUGCCAUGACACAUACCACACCAUCUCUUGGCCGUCCCUUGGUGAGUGUUCCUGUGCAGCAAAUUGGUUCACCACAAAGGCAUGUGCUGCAUAAUCCUGUAACUGUUACCACAUCUCAUCAGUUGCGAACUCUACCAUCCAUAGGACACCUCCAACCAGGAACAAGACCUUUUAGAACACAGCUUAUGAGAGCUCCUGUAUCACAGCAUGGAGUGCAAGAUUCUGAAGGUCAUCAAGGAGUUACUCAGCAACAAGUAAUGCAUCCAGCCUUGACUCAAACAGUUGGAAUGUUGACUAAUAAUGUUCACCAGCCUGUAGGACAACAAGCAUGGAUUCAAACAUCCUCAGGAACCCUUCAUCAGGGUGGAGUUGUUUUACAGGGAGGAGUACAGCAAGCUGUUGGAGUACGUAUGGUUGCACAGCCUAUGAUGGUGCAACAGACUAUUGUACGAGGUAGCAAUGUAAUGGUACGGCCAGGCACCAGUGGUCCAGUUGCAGUUCAAGGGGGUGUACGAAUGAUGAUGAUACAUGGGGGGCAACCUGUUCGCACCCCUUCUCCCCCGAUCACCCGACCAGCCAUGAUGCCACCACCUGCAGCAAAAUCUCCAGCAGGACACUCCGCUAGUCCUGUGGCACGCGUGUCUCCUGCACCAUCCCCAUUAUCAAAUCAUGCUUCACCACACUCACCUCAGAUCAAGAGUCAGUCUCCUUCCUUGACAUCUUCUGUUCCAAGUCCACAUAGUACUAUUCCUACACCUCCUCAUUUAAUAAAAAGAGAGCCAGAGGAUGACUCCCCUGGAUCCUGCAGCACCCCUAAUAUCACACACACCAUUCCAGUUGCUACAUCAACCUCACAGGCUUUGGGCACUCAGCAUAUGAUUGUAACUAGUGUAUCUCUACAGCCCCAACUAUCUGUUUUGAACAAUCCUCAAGUAACUUCUCAGACUCCACCAGGAGCCUCUGGACAAAUAAAAACUGAAGUAAGUGAUGGGAUGAGCAAAGAAUCAUCCAAUGCCUUACUGAAGCAGCUUCUAGAAAAUACAGGUUGUGCUAGUCCCAUGCAACAACCUUCUCAAGGCCAGUUGUUAUUAUUCAGAUCAUCUCAAGGACAUCUACCUAUGCAGUCAUCUCAUCUGUCGCAAGUUGCUUCACAAGUACCUAAUCCUACUCCUAUAGUGAUUCCACGCAGUGCUGUAACUUCCUCAGGACCUGUCUCACUUGCAUCUGUUCAGCAGACCAGCAGUACACCCACUCUUCAGAAUUCUGAUAUGCAACAACAAUCACAGCAGUUGCAGCAGCAGCAACAGCAAUGUCAAUCUCAGUUACAGUCACAACCACAACAUGGAGUGGUCACACCAGGAAGUCAACCCCAACCUUCAGGUUCCAGUCCCCACAUGAUGCAGCGUUCAGUAGUUGUGUCAUCUGGUAUUCACCCAUCUCAGGGCACACAUACUGUCAUUCUCGGUCAGCAGCAGCAGUUGGUCUCUCAUUCUACUGCUCAUGUAAACCUUGGUCAUUCUGUUGUCCGUCAAGGUGUACCACCCUUUUCUGGGCCAGGCCACCCAGUACAGUACACCACUGCUCCUCACCCUUCUAGUCAGCAAGCAGUUGUAAGGCAGGUUACAACACAUCAGAUUAAUCACCCUAGUGUGAUCCCUUCCUCCACUCACCAUGUUAUUCAAGGUCAGCCUCCUCAGCAAUCAGCAACUGUAAGUCCCUCAAUCCGACCAUUAGCGGGCCACUUAGUUACUCCAGCAUCUCCUCACAUGGUUGUUCAUACUGGAGUUCGAGCCACACACCCUGGGCAACAGCAUGCCUUAAGUAAUGCUAAUCAGCUGGGAACACAUGUUGCCACAGGGACACGUGCUCCCUUGAAUUCUACAGUUUUGAACAAUUCAUCAACACCACCCAGUAUAGCAGAAAGGGUAAAUAGUGACCCUACCCUUAAGACUGAGAUGAGAGUCAUGAUUCCAGAGACAGUAAUGGGCACAGGUUCUGCUAGCACAGGUGAACACACUCCUGAGAUGACUACCCCUAAUGAAGGCUCUGACUCAAUGGAUCAUGAAGAAUUGAAAAAAGCCAAGAAGCGUGCCCAACAGGCUAGAAGAAAGAGUCAGAGUAAAGAUACUAAAGUUCAACCUGCAAAACGAGCUAGACAAGGGUCUCGUGUUGAAGAAGACUAUGAUGCCUAUAUUGAGAGUGUUAUGCAGCAGCUGAGGGCUAUGCCACCGCUGAACAUCAUGGAACCAGAAGUACCGAGAAACUUUAAUCUUUGUCCAGUGUUUGGAAGUGGAGACUUAUCAAAGCUUGGAAGAAGAGAUUGCAAUCAUAGGCAGGGAAUUUUGGAAGGCACAUUAGGUAAUGCCACUAUAAAGAAUGUCACAGAUUACUAUAAUACACAACCCUUUGGAGACAAAAUGCCCAUUGUUACUCCUGCAAAAACUGGACCAACUCAGCGAGGGUUUUAUAUUCAUGAAUUCACUCCACCCAAAAUUGGUCUUCCCCUGGAUGAGUAUCAAGAAGGGGAUUUGGUUAGUGGGUCUAGCCGUCCAACUCCAGCUUUAACUCCAACCAGAGAGGCAGAUUCUCCAGAUACAGUUCUCAGCUCUUCCUCUCCAGAAUGUAUACUACCAGAAUCUCCUCUUCCAUUCAAAGGCUUAAGACUUGUUGAUAUGGAUGAAGACUCUCAAGAAGACCAGCGUGACAGAUCCAUCUCUCCAGCUAUUCCCCUUCUCAUCCCAACACCUAUUCGUCCUGGCCAGUUGCCAUUUCUGUCUUCAAAAAGCAAAGAUAAUCCUGAAUUGGAUAAAGAAAAUAUUGGUAGUCUUUCCAGCAUAACACUGAAAAGCCGUGUUGGCCAGUCACCAGCGUUGCCUCUAAAAGAUAUGGGUAAUGUAACUGUCACAUUGACUCUCUCUUCACAGGCAGGUGAAGAUGUGUCAGGGGUGUUGCGGUCUUUAGCCAAUCUCCUCAACAUUCCUCCACCUUCUGCAUAUCACAUGGCAGACCGGCUUGAGGCACCCAAAAUAUCAAGAUUGUACCGCCACAAGCAGCUGAAAGAUGGCAAAGAACAGGUGGUAGAUAUUCAGAGCAUUCUUAAUGGACAGGCUCGUUUUUGCUGCAACUGUGAUAUGAUUAUUUUGAAAGAUAUUUUGUGCAAGAAAGUGUUGGAACUUCCUUUCUUAAAUAAAGAAGAAUAUGGGAAUGUUGAAGAGAUCACAUUUUGCUCUCAACAGUGCUACAUACAAUUUGCAGUGACCCAGCGUAUGCUUAUGGAUGAAAAAGGAAAGCACGAGGUACCUAGUAGACAUAUUAAGUUGAAAGACUCCUUUGGCAAUGUGAAGGGUUCUGGUUUUUCCACUGCUGAAGCUUUAUCUGAUUGGUCAAAGGAUGAUGAUAUGAGUGAAGUGUUAAAAGUUCCUCAACUUGAAGAUUCAUUGAUGAGCAGGCCAAACAAACACAAGCUAGAUGAUCACAACCAGUACCCAAAGCAAGCUGAUGGAAAACGCUUUCGUGGUCACAAAUAUAAAUAUUGGUCACCAACUGCUCUGCCUUUGCCAGAAAAUUAUGAAAAGCCUACUCCCAAGGAGAUGACUGAUUUAUUAUUCCGUAUGGGAAUCACAUACAGGAAAUCAAGACUACCAGAUGAUUCACGACAGUGUAUUUUGUGCAAUUUGUAUGGAGAUUAUGUUGCCGAUGGUCCAUCUAGACUACUCAAUUAUGAUGUAGAUAAAUGGGUUCAUCUUAACUGUGCACUGUGGGCAGAAGAUGUGUAUGAAACUAUGAAUGGAGCUCUGAUGAAUGUCGAGACUACAAUGAAAAAGGUGGCAGCAAAUGAGUGUGAACACUGUCACCAGCUAGGAGCAUCUGUUAAAUGCUUCAAAGUGCGAUGCAGUAAAGUGUAUCAUUUGAAUUGUGCUGUGAAGGAGGGAUGCACAUUUUAUAAGAAUAAAACUGUUUAUUGUCAAGAACACAUAAACAAAGGAGAAAAAGACAAUGAACUUUCAACUUUAGCUGUCUUCCGACGUGUAUUCAUUGACCGUGAUGAGAACAGGCAAGUUGCUUCAGUGAUGCACCAGGCAGACUUGAGCUAUGUGCUCAGGAUUGGGUCCUUAAUUCUCUUGGCAAUUGGGCAACUUCUUCCACACCAGCUCCAAGCAUUCCACACACCAUACUGCAUUUACCCUGUUGGAUAUCAAGUGAUUCGAUACUAUUGGAGCAUGCGGCGUCUUCACAAGAGAUGUGCAUAUGAGUGCUCAAUUCACGAUAAGGAUGGACAACCAGAAUUUCGUAUAAUUGUCAAAGAGGAUGGCUAUGAAGAUCAUGUAUUUAUCAGUUGCUCCCCAAAAGGUGUCUGGACCAAAGUACUUGAGCCUCUUGCAGAGCUGCGUCAAAAAGCAGAUGUUGUAAGACUCUUUCCUCAAUAUAUCAGCGGAGAGGACUUGUUUGGCUUAACUGAACCAGCCAUUGUACGUAUCUUAGAAUCUCUCCCAGGAAUAGACACUCUGGCUGAUUACAAUUUCAAAUUUGGACGAAAUCCAUUGUUUGAGCUUCCAUUAGCUGUAAAUCCAAGUGGGUGUGCCAGAGCAGAACCAUUCACCAAGCUUCACCUCAAGAGGUACCAUGGCAUACGCACCAGUGCUGGCUCUGUGAGGACCAGCAGCAACUGUAGAGCAGCUGCUAGUGUGGCCAACCUUACCAUGGCAUAUGACCCCUUUGUGCCCUACAGCAAACUACAUGUGCAUUCAAGAUCAUCCCAGUACAAAAAAAUGAAUAAUGAGUGGAGAAGUGCUGUUUACUUAGCCAGAUCCAAGAUUCAAGGCCUGGGACUGUAUGCUGCUCGGGACAUUGAGAAGAAUACCAUGAUAAUUGAAUACAUUGGAGAGAUCAUUCGCUCAGAGCUUGCUGAGGUGCGUGAAAAACGUUAUGAAGCCCAGAAUCGAGGAAUUUACAUGUUUCGCCUUGAUGAUCAGCGAGUAGUAGAUGCCACAGUAACAGGUGGUCUUGCUCGCUACAUAAACCAUUCUUGUGGCCCAAACUGUUACACUGAAACCAUUGAGGUGGAAAGGGACAUGAAGAUUCUCAUCAUUUCUAAUAGAAAAAUUCUCAGAGGAGAAGAGCUGGCAUAUGACUACAAAUUUGAUGAAGAAGAAGAUCAUAAGAUACCAUGUCUUUGUGGUGCAGAAAACUGCAGGAAAUGGAUGAAUUGAAAGUCCAUUUAAAAGUACAAUGUCCAUAGUGGACCUCAGUUUAUUAACAAAAAGACAUUUUUCCAUUUUUUAUUCUAUAAUUGUGCCUUGUCUCUUACUAAUGCAGCAUCACCAAAUUGUUUAAACUUGUUUCAUAAGAUGGACAAGUGGGUGAUCCAUAUUGCUUAAUUCAUUCAGUAUGUACUAGAUAACCACAGUUAUCUUGCCAAAGCAUAGUUUUUAGAUUAUUGUCACAAUAGACUGAAAGAGCCUUUCCUCUUAACUUUUGGAUAUUUAUUUUAUGUUAGUUUGUGCAAGAAUGUUAGUGAUAUUUAUAUAAGCUAGAAUGUAUCAGCAUUAGUUUACAUAAAGGUGUACAUGAAAGGCUUCAAUGAGCUUGUAAGAUGAGUGUAAGCAAGGAAUUGCUUCUGUAUGGAUAUGGUGAUGCUUGUAAAAAUAUAUGAAUGAUUAGAAUUUUAUAUUCAUUCAUGUGUGGAAUGCAAGGAAAUGUUAGUAAUAGAACAAUUCUUUAUUAGUGUUAACAUUUGUGUUAACAGUGUGUUGAAACAUGGGCCAUAGCCUCUCAACAGGGUGUGAUGAUUAUUGGUUAGAACUGCUAAUGAAAUACUCAAAGGCAUUUUGAGUGUUUUAUAUAUAUAUAUAUAUAUAUAUAUAUAUAUAUAUAUAUAUAUAUAUAUAUAUAUAUAUAUAUAUAUAUAUAUAUAUAUAUAUAUAUAUAUAAUUUCUUUGAAAACACACACACACACACAAUGCACACACACUGACACAAUGCAAACACACACACACACACACACACAAUGCACACACACACUUACUUAAGGUCUGAAGUCAAGUUGCUCAUUUUCAGCUUAAGAGAAAGUUCAGUAAGCAUUGCAGGGCAAGAUUUGAAAAGCCAAGUUAGUGCCUUGUGCAAAGAAAUCAGCUUUCUGAGUCAGGGAUUGGACUUUACAAUUUCGUGGCAAAAGUGCAAAUUUGUCAAAAGAAAAGUAUGAUUAUGAUUAGUUCAUGUUAAACUGGUCCAACUUUCUGGUGUGACUUGAGUGGCCUAACAAUGUUCUUCCAUUGCUGUUGUGAACACACAAUACUUUCAUCAGCACCAGACUAUGUACGACAACAAAAUUAAUAAUGGAAAAUCUGAAGAUGACCCAGUUUUUAGUAACAAAUAUGUUUUGAUGUGAAACUAAUAUUUCUAUUAGUAUGAGAUAUAUUUUCUCAUGGGCAAUCAAUGCCCAUUUUCAUCUGUUCAUAAAAAAAAUCAUAUUUACAAGUUUCCCCGUUCAUGUAUGAUAAAGCAUAGGACAAGAAGAACAAAUUUUAUCAAUGUAAAGAUUGAUCAGAACUCACGGGAUGACAAUGACUGAUAGAACAUACAAUUUCAGAAGUUGUGAUUCCAGAUAUUUCUGGUGUAGGAAGCCAAGUACCCUCCAGCUAAUUAUACUUUACAAUUUUAGGCUGACACAACAGUUAACGGAUUUUUCCCCUACAUGAUUUGAUAGCAGCUUUGAAAUCCAAGAUUUUAACUAUUGGUAUUUAGUAUUUCUCUUCUAAAAUUCAUUGAAAAAUCAUUUUAAUCAAGUGUCUGCAUGUUAUUGGUUAACAAACUAAAUUUUUUGCGAUGAGUAAGUAAUAUUUCAGUUAGCAAUAUACUCUCCUCGCAGUCAACUAAAGUUUAAUUUGUCUAUGUUUAUUGGUUUCUUUUUAUUUUUAUUAUAUAGCUUAAUGAACUGUAUAUUAUAUAUGAACAAACACGAGCUCAUGUAAAAAUGAUGUUAGUAGGUUUCCAUUUUGAGUCAUAUUUUACAAAAUUUGCUUUAUGAGACGUUUCAGCUUGAGACCCUACAAACAAUAAUACUUUGCAAAUAACGGUAACAGUGAACAAGCAGUUAAAUUGAUGAUUUUUAGUCUGACACAAUAAGUUAACUGUUAUAAUUUUAUCUUACAGUAUUUAAUGCUGGUUUUGUAAGCCUCGAGUUUUCUUAGCUGUUAAUCAGUUCCUCUUUCUUAAUUUCCAAGGGACGGACGGAAAGAAGCUUAGUUUCUUAAGAACUUGCUGUUGAUUUCUUGACACGUUACUUUUAAUCUGUAGAAUUUUAUUUAACUUGUUUUUAUAUUUGCUUUAACAGAUGUAGUUGGACAAGUAUGCCAAAGCAAUUAAGAUAUAAUUCUGAAAUACUUGUGUUUCCAUUCUGUUGUAAUUUCUAAGUCUAAUUUAUAUUCAACAUAUACCCUAGCUAGAUUAUUAAGGUAUUUUAAAUAGUUAUAAUUGAUGUUCAUAUUUUUUACAUUAAAAACUGUGAAGCAGUAUGAAGAUAUUAAAUUUUGUUGUCAGUAUCCUUGUGAAUCUUACAGUAAGAUGCUGAGGAUAGUUGCAGAAUGUGAGUCAUGCACUCAAACCCUUAUAAGAAAAAUCAUUCGAGACUUGAAUGAUAUUGAAGGUACGGCACAAGAAAAGUUUUCUUGAGCUUACUGCAAUUAAGUAAAUAAAAUUAAUAUAUAUACAUAUAUAUAUAUAUAUAUAUAUAUAUAUAUAUAUAUAUAUAUAUAUAUAUAUAUAUAUAUAUAUAUAUAUAUAUAUAUAUAUAUAUAUAUAUAUAUAUAUAUAUAUAUAUAUAUAUAUAUAUUGCUUCAUAUUGCUCCCACCUACAUCUGAUGUUUCCACCUCACACAAAUGUAUAAUGUCAUAUACUAAGUAUUAUGCAUAUCCUCUGAGUUUAAUAUUAUUAACAAAUAUUUUCUAUAAUGUAAGUAUCCCAAGCAUUCUCAUGUUUGAUGUGUAUUGUCAGGAGCCUUUGAUGCUCAUGGAUGUACUAGUGUUUGUGUUGAAAUCUGAAGCUGAAGAAUGUCAAUAUGUAUAUAAAUUGUUGAAUACAGCCAUUAAAUAAUUUUUCAUGCA